AUGUUUGGACUCGGCACGCUUUUCUACAGCUGUCUGUUUGUGGUGAACGCGAUCGCAGUGCUUUCAGAGGACAGAUUCCUCAACAGGAUCGGCUGGGGAAGUAGUGGGGCGGUUGCGACGGGAUUUGAGUUCCAGCAGCCUGGAGAUACGAAUGUCAAAUCAAGACUUGUGAACCUGAUUUCUGCGACGCGGACGCUGUUGAGAAUUCCGCUAAUAGCGAUCAACAUGGUCGUGAUCGUGUAUGAGCUGGUGUUGGGUUGA